AUGACGACGCCUGCGAAUGCCCAGAAUGCCAGUAAAACGUGGGAACUCAGCCUCUAUGAGCUGCACCGGACUCCGCAGGAAGCCAUCAUGGAUGGCACAGAGAUUGCCGUUUCCCCUCGGUCGCUGCACUCAGAACUCAUGUGUCCCAUCUGCCUGGACAUGCUGAAGAAUACAAUGACCACCAAGGAGUGCCUCCACCGAUUCUGCUCCGACUGCAUCGUCACAGCCCUCAGGAGCGGAAACAAGGAGUGCCCCACCUGUCGCAAGAAGCUGGUAUCCAAGAGGUCUCUUCGGCCAGACCCUAACUUUGAUGCUCUGGUCUCAAAGAUCUAUCCCAGCCGGGAGGAAUAUGAAGCCCACCAAGACCGGGUGCUCAUCCGCCUCAGCCGCCUGCACAACCAGCAGGCACUGAGCUCCAGCAUCGAGGAGGGUCUGCGCAUGCAGGCCAUGCACAGGGCCCAGCGAGUGAGGCGGCCGAUGCCUGGGUCCGAUCAGACCACAACGAUGAGUGGGGGGGAAGGAGAACCUGGGGAGGGAGAAGGGGAUGGAGAGGAUGUGAGCUCAGACUCUGCCCCUGACUCGGCCCCAGGCCCUGCUCCCAAGCGACCCCGUGGAGGGGGUGCCGGGGGAAGCAGUGUAGGGACAGGGGUUGGUGGCACUGGCGGGGUGGGUGGGGGUGCUGGUUCUGAAGACUCUGUUGACCGGGGAGGAACUCUGGGAGGGGGAACCCUCGGACCCCCAAGCCCUCCUGGGGCUCCCAGUCCCCCAGAGCCAGGUGGAGAAAUCGAGCUCGUGUUCCGGCCCCACCCCCUGCUCGUGGAAAAGGGAGAAUACUGCCAGACUAGGUAUGUGAAGACAACUGGGAAUGCCACAGUGGACCAUCUCUCCAAGUACCUGGCCCUGCGCAUUGCCCUUGAGCGGAGGCAGCAGCAAGAGGCAGGGGAGCCAGGAGGCCCUGGAGGGGCUCCCUCUGACGCUGGAGGACCUGAUGGGGGUGGCGGGGAGGGCGGGGGUGCCAGAGGCAGUGACGGCCCUGAGGAGCCUGCUUUGCCCAGUCUGGAGGGUGUCAGUGAGAAGCAGUACACCAUCUACAUCGCCCCUGGUGGUGGAGCUUUCACGACGCUGAAUGGCUCACUGACCCUGGAGCUAGUGAAUGAGAAAUUCUGGAAGGUGUCUCGGCCUCUGGAGCUCUGCUACGCUCCAACCAAGGAUCCAAAGUGA